AUGCUUAAAAACUCUAAUUUUUUGAGUAGAUUAUUCAAAGAUAGUUUCCUCUACAGCAGUAGAAGAUGUUAUGCAGUCAAAUCAAGCUCCAAUUACGAUCCUCGUCAUGACAUUCCCACCAAUCCGAAAGUAAACGAUUCCUCAGCCUUCUUUUCACAUCCUUAUACAUUAUCGGAAGAUCUUCCAUUUGAUGAAUCUAAACCAAUUUCUCGUUGGUCAACUGGUGAUUUUCUUUCCUUUCUUCGACACUUGGAAAGAACUUUAAAUUACAGAUUUUCACAAUCAACAUUAACAACUCUAAAACAAGAAUCGUGGGAUGGCUCUGCUCUUGUCCAAUUCGAAGUUUCAGAUUUGGAGAAUAUUAUUUCCCAAGACGAAGCCGAACUAAUCUAUUCAUCAAUUCAAAAACAUAUUUCUCAUCAGAAGAAUCUAAUGGAAAUUCAAGACAAGUUGGAAAAUGUAGAAAUGGGAGGAGUUUUAACAACGAGAACAACAGUUUCGAAUAAUGUUUCUUCUCCAAGUAUUUCUCCAAGUAAUCAAAGAAAGGAUUCAGUAGCAAUAACAAGGAAAUCUGCUUCAUCAGAAAAUUUGGAAAAAACAAGUAGAUUCGGUAAUCGAACUGGUAUUGUAGUCACUAGAAGAGAUUCAUCAAUGAUUCGUCCAAAUUCGAAUAAUCCUAUUAGUGCAGUUGAACAUUCAAAUUCUGCUAGUGAAGGACAUUCACCCAACAGUCCACAAACAUCCUUUGGAAAUCAAUCCCCAUUCUCUUCAAAUUCAACUACGCCCACAACACCAAGUGAUGUUUCACCUGUCAAUUAUCGACCACCAAAACCUGUUGGAUAUACAACAAGAAAAUCAAUGGCACUAAAUGGAAGCAUCAUUCCCAUGAUCAAUAAUUCAACAGAGGAAGCAGAUCUUAAUUCAUCUUCAUCAUCAGAUUCGAAUAGUAUGAUUCGUCCAUCACUCGAUUCCAUUGGAAGUAAUAGCAUGAUGGAAAAUAUAAUGAUGAAUAAUUCAUCCUCUUCCACCUCCUCUUCAUCAAAUGGUAAAGAAAAAAAGAAGAGUCGUGAUCGUCUAGUUUCCUGUCUGGUUAAUAGUGAUCUUGAUAAUUGUGUUCGACCAAUUGAUGAGAAAUCACUUAGACAAACAGUUUUCCCACAAAUUUUGAAUAAUGAUUUGAUAUUAAUUGAACAAUUGGGAAAGUACAAGUCAAGAUAUAAGAAUAUUUACUUGUUAUUGACAGAUCCUUCAUCUUUUGAUACAAUUAUUCAAAAGAAGAUGAAUAGUAGUGGAAAGAAGAAGAAAUUAUUUGAUGUGAAAUUUGAUGCAACUUCUAGUUCAGAGGCAGCUUCACAACAAACAAAUAAUAUUGAAAAGAUGUUUCCAGAUUCUGAGCAGACACAUGCCACUACAUCAAAUAUUACUAUUGAUUUUGUGAGUGUUCAAUUGUCAGAACGUUUACCUCUCUUGAUUGAUUUUAAGCAGCUGAGCGAGUUGGAAAGAGUUUUGGUUUCGAAUGUUUUCAAGAAACUUGCUCCGAUUGAUAGAAGAAUUUUUUCACACAGGGAAAAGAUUUUCAUGUCAGAGAAUUUGGCACUUCCUGAUUGUUACAAUUAUCUCUUCUUUGAUAAUCCAACUGGUGAGAAGUCUGGAACCAUUGCUCUCAAUGAUGGUGAAGAGUGCGAACCAGAGAAGAAAUCAAAUUUGGCAAAAUUGUUUGGUAGAUCUUCAAAGAAGGAAGAAGCUUAUUUACAAUGUCAAUUGGUAGUUUUUGAAUUUAGCGAAUCAUUCAUGAUUGAAAUGAAAGACACGAAUAGGUACAAAUUAUUGAGAACUGGUAUCAUGAUUGGAAAUUGGUUUUUAGAAUGGAAGGAGAAUUCACUCGUUAUUCCAUCUAGAAAACCUCCUCAAGGUCUGCUUCGUUUCAAUCCUCAUUUCCACUACAUUACACUUAAGAAAGUGGAAGGAGAGAAGAAUAUUACUGCACUCUUAUCCAAACUCUCAGAAGUUUGUAGUUUGUGGAAUGGUACCAAUGUGUACAAUUUGAAAACUUGCAAUCAUCAACACUUUGUUCAGGAUGUUAUCAAGGCACUCGAACUUGUUCCAUUGACGAAAGUUGAGGACAAGAAGAAGGGCAUUCCAGCUCAUCACGUUUUACAAUAUCCAUUUGGCAUGGGAGUUCAGAAAUUGUUGGACAGAAUUGAAAAGUAUGGUUUUUCAGAUAUGGCCUUUUAUUUGAAUCAACCUGUUAAGGAAGCUCUAUUUGGAAAGAAGAUGGCCAUGGAGCUUCAACAACAAGGUGUCGAAAAUAUUGUUUCAGGAGAGGCCUACUCCAGAUUGGGUGAAGAUGAGAAAACUCUCGUUGGUAACAUUGAAUAUGCUCCAGAAAGUAUCAGAAACAAGUACACUUACAAGAAUUUACAACAAAAGACAUCCAAUUCGGAUGAAGUACCUGAAGAUAAGAAUUUCAUUGUCUUUUCGAGUCAUGCAGAGCUCGAUAAGGUCUACUUUGAUUUGGAUUCUAAAAUUGGAUCAGCAAGUGAAGGAAAGGACUAUUUCAAAACAACUAAUGAUGGAAAAUGGGACUUGUGGCUUUUGAAAUUAUAUGACAGAUGUUUCUGGAUUCGAUUGGGAAUUCUAAAAGAUGGAAAGAGAAUUCUCAGCUCUAAAGAUGCUCCACUUUCUAAUUUACCUGAAAGUAGCAUGAAUAUUUCGAAUACUGGAUCAUUUGGACCUUGUCUUUGUCCAUUCAAUAUGAGUGGUGUUGGAAUUAAUGAAUUUGACAUGCAACUCAUGAUGUUAAAUCCAACUUCCUCAACUGCCUUCUUGGCAGAUCAUGAACCACCAAUUCCAGACAGAAUUUGGUUACCUUAUCAAUUGUAA